AUGGCGACAGUCGACGUAGAUGAAGCGGAAGUGGACGAAGGUGUACCGCCGACAGUGACACAGAUACCAUUUUGGAAGACACCACUGAGGCAAACUUCGACCCCGCUGCCGCCAUUGGAAGCAGAGCUGCCGGAAGGUCCAGGUGCCGCGGAGGAGGUAGAAGAGACUGGAGACGGUCCAGUGAUCGAAACGCAGACACCGGCUUGGAGGAUCGUCCCGCUCGCACAGACCGUGGCAAUGGACGAUGACGAGGCUGAGGAAGCCGAAGCCGAGGCUGAGCCAGAACCAACACCGGCACUGAGGUCUACACAGAUGCCGCCAACAAGGGUGAAUGGAGCAGCACAGGCUGUAGCGGAUACGCUGACUCCAGAUGCUGAUGAGGUUGCAGAAGCGGAAGCGCCAGAGCCAGAGCCAAUACCGGCACUGAGAUCGACACAGAUGCCGCCAACAAGGGUAAAUGGAGCAGCACAGGCUGUAGCGGAUACGCUGACUCCAGAUGCUGAUGAGGUUGCAGAAGCGGAAGCGCCAGAGCCAGAGCCAACACUGGCACUGAGGUCGACACAAACACCGCCGACAAGAGUGAACGGUGCGACGCAGGCGGUGGCGGAUACGCUGACUCCAGAUGCUGAAGAGGUUGCAGAAGCUGAGGAUCCAGGGCCAACACCGGCACUGAGGUCGACACAGACACCGCCGACAAGGGUAAACGGUGCGACGCAGGCGGUGGCCGAGGCGGAGACCCCUGAAGCGGAUGAGGUUGCAGAAGCGGAAGAGCCUGAGCCAACACCGGCACUGAGGUCGACACAAACACCGCCGACAAGGGUAAAUGGUGCAACGCAUGCCUUGGCCGAGGCGGAGACCCCUGAAGCGGAUGAGGUCGCAGAAGCUGAAGAGCCAGAGCCAACUCCAGCACUGAGGUCGACACAAACACCGCCGACAAGAGUGAACGGUGCGACGCAGGCGUUGGCCGAGGCGGAGACCCCUGAAGCGGAUGAGGUCGCGGAAGCUGAAGAGCCAGCACCAACGCCAGCGCUGAGGUUGACGCACACGCCGUUGACGAGUGUGUAUGGCGCAGUGCAGACCGUUCCAGAGGCGGUGACCCCAGAAGCGGAUGAGGUCGCGGAAGCUGAAGAGCCAGCACCAACGCCAGCGCUGAGGUUGACGCACACGCCGUUGACGAGUGUGUAUGGCGCAGUGCAGACUGUUCCCGAGGCGGAAACUCCAGAGGCAGAGGAAGUGGCCGAAGCAGAGGUGGAUCCAGAGCCAACGCCAGCGCCGAGGUUGACGCAGACGCCGUUGACAAUUGUGUUUGGUGCAACACAGACCGUUCCCGAGGCGGAGACUCCAGAGGCAGAGGAAGUAGCCGAGGCAGAGGUGGAUCCAGAACCGACUCCAGCGCUAAGAUCAACACAAAUUCCAUUUACCAGUAUAAAUGGUGCUGCGCAGACGGUGGCUGAAGCGCUGACGCCCGAUGCCGAGGCAGUGGGAGAGGCAGAGCUAGAUCCAGAGCCGACUCCAGCACUGACAUUGACACAAACUCCGUUGACGAGAGUGAAGGGAGACACACAAGCGUUAGCCGAUGCCCCGACCCCAGCUGCGGAAGAGGUCGAUGAUGCACCAGCACCGGCUCCGAGGUUGACACAGAUUCCAUUGACGAGAGUGAACGGCGCACUACAGGCAGUCGCUGAAGCGCCCACGGCAGGAGCGGAGGAAGUUGAUGAUGCUCCAGCAGCUGCGGAAGACGAUCCACCGAGGCUGACGCCUGCACUCAAGUCAACGCAGACGCCAUUCACUAGGGUGAAAGGCGUAACGCAUGCCGUUGCCGAAGCGCCAACGGCAGCUGCGGAGGAGGUCGAUGAUGCACCAACGCCAGCGCCAAGAUUGACACAGACACCAUUGAGAAGGGUGAAAGGUGCAGCACAGACCGUGGCUGAGGCACCGACUGCUGGGGCUGAGGAGGUGGAUGAAGAUCCGGCAGCGGCGGAUGAUGAGGAACCAAAGCCGAUCCCAGCACUAAGAUUGACACAGACUCCAUUGACAAGAGUGAAAGGCGCAGCGCAGACCGUGGCAGAGGCACCGACUGCUGGGGCUGAGGAGGUGGAAGAAGUUCCGGCAGCUGAGGAGGUGGAAGAAGCUCCGGCAGCGACGGAUGAGGAACCAAAGCCGAUCCCAGCACUGAGAUUGACACAGACUCCGUUGACAAGAGUGAAAGGCGCAGCACAGACCGUGGCAGAGGCGCCGACUGCUGGGGCUGAGGUGGAAGAAGAUGCGGCAGCGGCGGAUGAUGAGGAACCAAAGCCGAUCCCGGCACUGAGAUUGACACAGACUCCAUUCACAAGAGUGAAAGGCGCAGCACAGGCCGUGGCAGAGGCACCGACUGCUGGAGCUGAGGAAGAUCCAGCUGGUGCUGACGAGGGAGCGGAGGCGCCGGCUGCCGAGGCUGAAGAGGUCGAGGAGGAUCCAGCAGGGGCAGAUGAGGAGGAACCUGAUCCAAUUCCAGCGCCAAGAUUGACGCAAACGCCAUUUACAAGGGAGAGCGGAGCGAAGCAUACGGUAGCCGAAGCGGAAGCACCGACUGCUGGAGCUGAAGAGGUCGAGGAAGAUCCAGCUGGGGCUGAGGAUGGAGCGGAGGCACCGGCUGCCGACGCUGAAGAAGAGGUUGAGGAUGAUCCGGCGGGAGCAGAUGAAGAAGAGGAGGUGCCUAGACAAGUGAUGGCGGAGACGGUGGCACCGGAGGCUGAGGAAGACGAAACCGCAGAGGUUGAAGACGAAGCAGCAGCCGCGGAAGACGAGGCUGCGGCGGAGGAGGAAACAGCGGCGGAUGAUGAUGCAGCAGCGGAGGAGGAAACAGCGGCGGAGGAGGACGCAGCGACGGACGAUGAAACAACAACGGAGGAGGAAACAGUGGCGGAAGAUGAGGCGCGAACAGACGAUGAGGCCGAUACCGACGAGGAUGAUCGGGCCGCGCUGGAGGUGGAGCCUGACUCGCCGCCGUUAAGAAGAGAGAUACAGACUCCCCCAACAAGAAGGGAGCAGCCGAGGCACCGCUACCAGUGCCGAUGGAGACGAUGGGACCGAGCUGUAUUCGCUUCUCAUUGUGUUGUUGAGGCUGUGGCUUUUCGACCUCGUUCUGACGGUAGUUGGCCCAUGAGAAAGCUGAUCGUCUUCCCUCUCUUGCAUCGACAGCUUGAAUAUCAGCGAGCAAGAGAAUGGCGGAAAGUGAAAGGCUGA